UUUUGGCGCCCAACGUAAAUGAUAAAGCGAGUGGGGAUCAUGCUUUGGAUUUGAAUCCCGGCAUUAAGAAUUUGGAGACCCGAGACAAUACUAAACAAGUUGGGUAUCCAGAAAAUCCCCAAAAUCUGGAGACAAACCCAAGCGCUUCUGCAGUCAUUAGGCUUACACAAUCGGCGCCCAACGUAAAUAAUUCUGAAAAAAGAGACGGUCCGGGAACUUCUCCAAAUUUGGCGCCCAACGUCCGUUCACCUGUAAGUGCAGCCCAAGAGCCUGCAGAUAAUCCACAACAAAUGGCGCCCAACGUGCAUUCACAUCUAAGUCCAACCAAUGAACCCGUGAAAAAUCAAAACGAUCCAGGAGCUUCUGAAAAUUUGGCGCCCAACCUCCGUUCACCUGUAAGUGCAACAAAAGAGCCCGCAAAAAAUCCACAACAAAUGGCGACCAUCAUCCAUUCACAUCUGAGUGCGACCAAUGAGCCCAAUGUUAGCGCUUCUGGAAAUCAAACCCAUGACAGUCAUCCUUCAAAUAUUGAGAACAAGGAAGAUUUGGCAAAUAUGGCGCCCAACGUUAAAACACAUUUACCUCCUGACAUUGGACUUGCCAAACGCCAAAGAAGGCAUAGCCCCCUCUCCAAUGACGGAGAACCAGAAAAUGCCCACCAUCAAGAUUCUGAUGAAUCUGGAGAUUUUUCUUCAUCUGCUUCGGAAUGGUCGGGAGGAGAAGAACAAGAAGAAGAAGAUAGCAAUACCCCCAGCAAUGCUAGCGCCAGCGAUGGCAGUUCCGAUGAUGAGCUACCCUUGGCGGAGUAUAAACAAAAAAAGAAUCCUGGUAAUCUCGGAAAAUCAUUGCAGGAAAAUACCAUGGCACGGGGCUCUAAUGAAAAUCCAAGGAAAAGUCCAGCAUUUGAGCAGGAAAACGGACAUAAAACCGCCUAUGAUUUUGAUAUGUCCGAUGAGGAAAAUUUGACAGUCUCCGAACGUCGUUCUACCAAAGCUCAGCGGGAGAUAUCAGGCCAGGAUGUUCAGUCCCAAAAUAAAAUAUACAAAACAGCUUACGAUUUUGAUGAGAUCGACUCGGAAAUAGGCAAUGAAAUCAGCUACUCCGGGGAACCCUUUUCGACGAAUGAUAAACCACUUAAAACUGCCCUCGAUUUUGAUAAAUUGGAUGAGGACAUGAAAGAAGAGCCACCCGAGGAAGAAGGGCAAAUCCAAGGAAUUUUGUCCAGCCAAACAAUAGCGGACAAAGCUGGAGGGGAAAUACCUCGACGUAAUUAUAUUGAGUCCCUGGAAGACAUGUUCGAGAAUGACAGUAAACAGGAGCUGCCAUACAAUAUCCGACAAUUUCCAGCGGCCUAUAAAUUUGAUUUCUCCGACGACGAGACAUCUGGCGAUGAGACGUAUUUCAAUAAAUCUGAAAAUCAAUUGGGCGCCAAAUCCAAACGACCCCUAAAAACCUCAUACAAAAAACAUUUGAAACGACCCGCCACCCGUGAAGAAUAUGACGACUUGAUAGCCAAAUGGAGACCCAGCCUGGAGUGCAGAAUUUGUAAGGCCACCUGUGGCAGAUUUCAACAGCUGCAACAACACUUUGCCGACCAUCACCCGGACGAUGAAUGUUACGUGGAGUGCUGCCAACUUCAGCUAGGCUAUCGCUACAAAAUCGAAAAGCACAUCUACUAUCAUCGGGUAGAGGGCGCCUUUAAAUGUGAAGUUUGUUUUGAGAUCUUUACGAGCAAAUACAAGUUGGGUUCGCAUCUCGUUCAGCGCCAUGCAGCGGGGGGAGAACCCAAACCAAAAGAGAUUCUCAAAUGCAAUAUCUGCGGCAAGGAAUACGCCACCCAAUGUCGAUUACACACGCAUCUUAAAUAUUGUGAUGGAAGUGAAGUCCCGGAACCCGGACGCGCCAAAUGUAAAGAUUGUGGAAAAUCGUACAGGUCGCAACUUUUUUUAGAAUUGCACCGACGCAAACAUCACAGGAAUAAAAAAACGUUCCCCUGCCCGGUUUGCGACAAAUUGUUUGCGAGCAAACAUACGUUACACUAUCACAGUUUCACCCAUGCCACCGAACGUAAAUUCGUCUGUUGGGUGUGUCAGAGAACCUUUAAGGUACCCUGCAUACUGCGUGGACACUUUAAACACUGUCACGUCGAGGAGUACAAAGAAAAAAUGCGAAAAAUUAAGGAGCUGCGCAACACGAAAAAGACCUACAAGUGUGAUCAGUGCGACAAGGUAUAUCAAACCUCUAUGGCCCUCAAGGAACACAAAGCCCAGCAUGAGGGCAUUAGCGCGCUCUACAAAUGUAAAUAUUGUAGCAAAGAGUAUAAGUACAGUUCGAAUCUGUCGGCCCACGUCCAAAGGGUGCAUCCGACAAAAUACCAGCCGAGGGCUAAGAAAUCCAAAAAAUCGAAAAAAUCUAAAAACAAAAUGAAAUCUGAGAUAGUAUGCCGUUUAUGUUUGGAAUCAUGUAAUAAUGGCUAUUGCGAUCUUUACAAUCAGGAUGUUCAAAAGGAUUUUUUGACAUCUACAAAUGAGAUUUUUGAUAUGGUCAAAAACUAUUUUUCCGAUGAGUUCCUAAACAUGGAUUACAAUAGGCAUUUAAGAAAACUCUGCAUACAAUGCUGGCAGUACAUUGACGAAUUCCAUAAAUUUCAAGAAUCCAUAAUUUUACUACAUACCAUGAAAAUGCCUGAAGUGAUAGAAACGGUGGUGGUGGAUGAAAACAAAAGCUAUCCAGAACCGGAAGUGCCAAUAAAAAUGGAAGAAUUUACAAGUUGUGAGCCAGAUACCCUGGAAGAGGGAACUGAAAUUCGAGAUAAUGUAGAGGCCAAUGUAAACGUUUGUAUUAUAAAGCAUGAAAAUGAAACGCAAAAAUUCACCACACCAGAAAUUAAAUCGGAAUUCCCAGAGGAAAAUAUUGGAGAUUUAGACAGUGGUUCGGUGAAUGAAAUUCCCAUGACGGAGAACAAACAAAAAAGAAAAACGCUGAAAGUUAGAACAUUUUUGCCGGAAACCCCCGAAAUAGAGAGUGGAUCUUUUGAGUCCCCUGACGGAAACAGCCUUAGCUAUUUGCAAUUUAAUCCAGAGGGACUUCGAACGGCCUACGAUUAUGAUAUAUCAUCCGAUGAGGAAAUCAGGAAAGAACACGAGAACAGUUUAGUGGAGAUAUCAGACUACAUUGCCUAUGCCAGAGAUGGUAUAUCUAAAACACCUUUGGAUUUUAAUGAGUCUGAAAGGAACAUUAAACAAGAACCCGAAACCGAUGAUUAUACUUCAAAUGACGAAUUCGACGAUAAAUCUGAUGAGGAUUUUAAUAUAUCCAAUGUUUCGAAAGAUUUAUCCGAUACUGAGUCUAGUAUUGGAGAGUCUUUAAAAGAUAGGCCCAAGAAACAAAGUAAAAUUGGGCGGGAGAAAUCAAACCAAUUCCCAGCGACCCACAAAUCUGAUUUGCCCAUUACACUGACUUCUGAUGAAGAAAAUUGUCGAAGUUUAGAAAAUCCAACGAGCCCCAAAUCCAAAAAGCGUACAAAAUUUUCCUAUAGGAAAUAUUUGAAACGUCCUGAGACACGUGAAGAAUAUGACGACUUAAUAGCCCAAUGGAGACCAAGUUUGAUAUGUAGAGUUUGCAGUGCCACCUGUAGCAGAUAUACCCAGUUGGAGCAACACUUCACCGAACAACACGCCAACGAGGAAUGUUACGUUGAGUGCUGUCAACUUCAGCUUCGCUAUCGCUACGAAAUCGAAGAACACAUCUACUAUCAUCGUGUAGAUGCAUUUAAAUGUGAAAUUUGUUUUAAAUUUUACACUUCCAAAGGCCCAUUGCAGGUACAUCUGUUUCAGCGCCAUGGCCUGGGCGAGGAAUGUAAACCAAGAGAGUCUGCCAAAUGCCCUGACUGUGGAAAAGAAUAUGCAAGUCAAUAUCGAUUACGAAUUCAUCAAAACUAUUGUGAGGGAGAAGAGGGUCGGGAAACUCGUCGCUAUACAUGUCCAGAUUGUGGAGCUGCAUAUAAAUCGAAGUAUGUUAUGAAAAGUCACCGAAAUCAUCAUCACCAGGCCAGAGGACUCUCCCGUUGUCCAAUUUGCGACAAAAUGUUAACGACUAAAUCGGAGGUAACGAGGCACCUACGCACCCAUAGCUCGGAGCGUAAAUAUGUUUGUCAAGUGUGUCAAGAUGCUUUUACAAAUCCCGACAUGUUACGUUCACACUUUCGUCGCAUUCACGUCGAAGAGUACAAGGAACACCAGAAAAAGAAAAAAGAGCUGCGCAACGUCAAGAAGACCUACAAGUGUGAUCAGUGCGACAAGGUAUAUCAGUCGCCAAUGGCCCUCAAAGAACACAAAGCCCAGCAUGAGGGCAUUAGGGCACUCUACAAAUGUAAAUAUUGUACCAAAGAAUAUAAAUACAGUUCGAACAUGGCGGCCCAUGUCCAAAGGGUUCAUCCGACAAAGUACGCAGGAAAUGUGAAAAAAUCUAAAAAAUAAAAAUCAAGAUUUUUAUUCCAUUAGGUAUAAGACAUUUUAUAAGACAGAGCGAAGGAAGGAAGGAAAAAAAAAACGAAACUAAAAAAAUACAUAUUGUAAAUAUGUUUAUUGUUUAAACAUUUCUUUUUUAUUUUAACCAUUCUGGGUAGCGUCUAAAAGUAAAGUAAAUGAUAAAGAAUGCAUUAAAAACCUAUUCGGUCUGUUCCAGAAAUGCAAGAAUGCAAAAGUUUUUACUACGAUAACCGAUUUUUCCUUUAUGGUACCGAAAAAAAGUAGAUUCUUGCAGGUUCUGGAACAGAGCAAAUAUCAUAAUAAUAUUCAAUAAAUUUAUUUUAAAUAUAUCACAAAGAUUUAAAGCAUGAUAGCUCAACAAGUUCUAUGUUAAAUAUUGCCAAGACAAGAGUUUUCGAGCCAUCAACAUGAAAUCGAUCGUUUUCUACAACUAUCUUUUGCAUUUUUAUAGCAUACUUUUAGACUCUCCCCAGAAUUUAAAAAAACCAUAUACUAGAAGUAUAGGCUAAAUAAAAACUAGUGGCAAUUUAUAAUAUAUUGUGUAUAUAGAAUAACGUUAUUUUUAAGUUAAAAAUUGUUGGAAGCUCCUUUAAAUGUGCUAUUAAAAUAUGGAGUAGAAUUUACAUAAAACUCUUGCAUCAUGUAGAAUGUGGCCUUAACAUGUUUAGCCCUGUUCCAUAAACAAAAGAAAUGUUUUCAACAAUUUAAUUUAAUUACUUUUUCAAUCAAUAUUUUCAAUUCAAAUGAUGUAAUAUUUCCAGU